ACGUGCCCACUGUUAUGGGGGUUUAUUUCGGCAAUUUCCAAGUGCUUUUGCCCGUGUCUCGACCGCUUUUUGUGACGUUAAUUCUGGCAAUGGCGACAGGAUUAAUCAGCUUUUAAAAUUUGAUUUUAUCGAGUUGAGAAUUAAAUCUGGAUCGAAAGAAACGGUGAGAAGUGAGUCGACAGCAAAAAGUGUUUACAUUUUCUUUGGUGUUCAUCGAAAAAAAAAGACAUCAAAACAAAACGCCGGGACAUACCGAAAUGCAAAGUUUAACUGAUACCAGUUAGUGACCGCGUGUUUUUAGUGCACAGUAAUUUGUUUUAGUGAGACAAACUCAUAAAAAACGACGGGAUAACAACGGAGUAUUGAAGAAAUCCGAAACUUGGCGAAUCGUCAACGGGUGAAUUUAAAAAGAACCCAAUGGAUCGCUCUCGGGACGUGAGGGCGUCGAAGGAGCGUAGAUGAGUUCAGCCAUCUCCCCGACUGAAAAUUUCUCUAGUUCUAUGCCAUCCAACCUGAUCGGUACGACCUGGGGUUGCGACGGGGUAGCUAGUAAACCUUCAACGGUGGGUGAAGAGGACGAUAAAACGGGGUGGAAGGCGUUAACAAAGGUAGAUUGGACGCUGUGCAAGGUGGGAGGAAUAAAAGAAAGUAAAGUGAGCGCAGACGCAUGCGCAAUUGGUGAUGUGAGGCUGGCGGUCGCCUCACGUUUGGGGUGAUGCCCUCCAGUGAGCCCCAUCCCCCCCAGUACCAUCUUCAGCACCGCACAAUUCCGCCAUCUCAUUUGCAGCAGCACUCGUCGUCACCGACGAGCGCAACAAUUGGCCAGCAUCAGCUAUAUCAACAGCUGGUGUCUGUCCAUCAUACCCAGAAUCAACCGAGCCAGCAGCACGGCGUUGGCUAUCAAAAUUCCGCGUACGCGCUACAAAAACAGGAGAUGAGCCCGGAGGAGGAGGGUGGCCGGAGCGGCGGGUCCCCUCCGGCUGCUGGGGCUGCACUCCAUCAGCCACAUCAUCCACGAACAGCAUCACCACCCUCCGGUACUGAGCCCUGUAAUCGUGACGCUAUACCAACCCCAACGCCAACAGCCGACACAACAACAACAACAGUCAGUUCGAAUGAUACACUAGCAACGGUAUCCGCAGCAGCAAGUGCUGCUACCAUAACAACAAGCGUUGGUAUGACCACUAUGCAGUCAUCAGGUCAACCUCAAUCACAACAGCAGGGUCCAAGUCCGAGUCCAAGUCCAACAGGCGGUGAUGUUGAAAAAUUUGAUGGUAAAAUUGUUUAUAAUCCCGAUGGAUCAGCGUAUAUUAUUGAGGGUGAGAGUGAAUUGAGUGAGGACGAUUCAUUGCCAGAUGGUUGUAUCGUUGAUGGUCGUGGUGUUUCCGUACCACACUCACUGGUCUUUCCCCAAAUAGCAAGCGCCUACUAUGUAUCAAGGUUAUACGCCCAUCAGGCAUAUCAACAACAGCAGGCACAGCAGCAGCAGAGAAAUUCAGCUCAACCCCAUAAUCCCGAUUUGCCGGUAAUGCACAGUUAUCGAGUGAUUAGUUAUAGAACAGCGGAGGGUAGUAAAGCGCCGCCGCCAACGCCAGCUCCACCGCCUCCAUCAACAUCUGUGCCAGUCAAGCCAAUUCUCAUGUGUUUUAUCUGUAAACUGAGCUUUGGUUAUGCCAAAAGUUUUGUUGCACACGCACAGGGUGAGCAUCAGUUGACACUGAUGGAGGAUGAGAGGCAGGUGCUGUCGCACGCGACGACGUCAGCUAUUAUUCAGGCUGUUGGCAGGGGUAAGCAGCCACUGGUCAGCUUUCUCGAGUCAGUGACGAGUUCGUCGUGUCUCCAGAGCUCACCGGUCCAGGGGCAACAUCGUGGUACUGAAUCAAAUGAGCACGAUAUCUCAACGGCAACUAGUACACCAACCAGUACACCGGGUAUACCAAGUAGUCCGCAGGCACAGCAGAGGCCAUCGCCAAGUGCCCCAACCACACCGACGUCUCACGCUAAUUCAUUGAGCUUCAAUCAUCAACCCACACAGCAUCAGUGGACGGGUCAAGUGAGUGCUGCAUCGUGGGCGAAAGCACCAGAGGCAAUGCAUUAUACAUCACCACCACCGCCAUCAUCGACCAAAGGUUCGCCAUCGUCGUACGCUGCUCUCACCCAACAGCCACCGAAUUUUCUAACUGGUACGACAAUCGGCGUGUGCCCGGAGCACAUGCAGGGAAGACCGAGCGGCGUUGAAUGUCCGAAGUGCGAAUUAAUACUGACAAGUAGUCGUCUGGCUGGACCUGGUGGACCCCUAGCUGGCAUUCACAGUCGUAACUCAUGCAAAACCCUCAAGUGUCCAAAAUGCAAUUGGCACUACAAGUACCAGGAGACACUAGAAAUUCACAUGAAGGAAAAACAUCCCGAGAGUGAGACAUCGUGUAUCUACUGUAUCGCUGGUCAACCACAUCCGAGGUUAGCUAGGGGUGAGACAUAUACUUGCGGUUACAAGCCAUACAGGUGUGAAGUUUGUAAUUAUUCAACAACAACCAAGGGCAAUCUCAGCAUACACAUGCAGAGUGACAAACACCUCAACAACAUGCAAGAGCUCCAGCAGGGUGGUGGUGCUGCUGUUGCAGCGAGCAAUCCCUCGUCAUCGCAGGAGGCACCAAUGCCAACGCGGAGUCCCCACCAUCCCCAAAAUCACAGUCCCCACUUGACGGGUCAGGCGGUGGCUCAGGGUAAACCAAAACCGACCUUUCGCUGUGAUGUUUGCAAUUAUGAGACAAAUGUUGCGAGAAAUCUCAGGAUACACAUGACGAGCGAAAAACAUACGCAUAAUAUGCUGGUGCUGCAGCAGAACGUUAAGCACAUGCAGACACUGUCAGCCCUUCAGUCACACCAUCAGCAAGCGCAGCAGCACCACCACCAGGCGGCUGCACAGCAGCAGCAACUCGAACAACUGCUGCAUCUCGGUGGUCUGGAUAAACCACAGCACGCCGAGGCAGCGCUCGCUGACAUGGCGUACAAUCAGGCUCUUCUCAUUCACAUGGUAGCUGGCGGUCAAUUACCACCCCAACUGCCACCAGAGUUACUCGGUGGCAUGGCAAGUAUGAGUGCAAUGAGCAAUCUUGGUGGGGACGUUGGCUUGUCCCCAGACAGCAUGGAACCACCACCAGAGCCAGCCGAUCCCGAUCCAUCUCACUUAUAUCACUGUUGUGUGUGCAAUAACUUCAGCACCGAUUCUCUCGAUGCUCUCGGUCAUCACUUAGCCACUGACAGAACGAGAACGCGAGAGGGUGAAAUACUUGCCCUGGUAGCUGGUAAUUUUGUCUGCAAACUGUGUUCGUACAAGACCAAUCUAAAAGCUAACUUCCAGUUGCACUGCAAAACGGACAAGCAUCUACAACGAUUGCAGCACGUGAAUCACGUGAAAGAGGGCGGUUCACGUAAUGAGUGGAAGCUCAAAUUUCUCGCCUCCCCAACUAGUGCACAAUUGCGUUGUCACGCAUGUGACUACUACACAAACAGUGCCCACAAGCUAGUCAUGCAUGCAGACUCGCCCAGACAUCAAGCAGCAGCUCUUCUUUUACGACAUCUACUCGAGGCCAGUGCCAAUACCCAAUCCCAGAGUAAACUCUAUCACUGCGCAUUAUGUGGAUUCAGCGCUAGACAUCGACUACCACUUUUGCAACACGUACGAUCUCUCAGGCAUUUGCAAAUGGAGCAACUCCAUCAACUCCACAGACGCAGUGGUAUACAAGGCAAUGACAAUCCCCACACGGAUAUUGGCGAUGUCUUUCAAGUUGUCGCUGAUCCCGAUGCACCAUCAACCCAACAAGCUAGUCCCACAACACCAACGACACCCAAUGCCGCUACCACCAACAACGAGCGACGUGAGGACGGCAGCGAUUGUGGUAGUGAGGUGAAACAAGAGCCAGAAAACGAUCAAGAGCAGGAUCCAGAGCCUGAUAACGAUACAGAAGAAAUUGUAUGUCCAUUCUGUACGUAUCAGCCAACAUCGAAGGAAGAAUUGAAGCAGCACCUCCAAGUGGCCCACACACAAGAGAACGAGGAUAAAAUGGAAGUUGUUAAGGAAGAGCCAGUACAAGAGUUGUUGUGUCCAUUGUGUCAAGAUGGGUUCAAAGAGCGAGCUGCUCUGGAAAAACACGUGAUGCAAAUUCACUCGGUGAAUGCAGACGGUCUCCAGAGGCUGUUACUCCUCGUAGACCAGAGUCACUGGUUAAAUAACAGUCCACGAAACACAUCUACACCAGCGGCAACACCUACAUCCCCAAGUACAACAAAGCAAAAUCCCGAGGACGAUAACGAGAGAACGAGCGAAGAGGUCGAGGAGAUAGCGAGGUGUACAAUAUGCGGUAGAAUCUGCAGAUCGCUGGAGGAGCUUCAGCAGCAUCACAGGGAGUCCCAUCCGGCGACAACGCCAACCCUGGCAGUCAGUGAAAAACACGUCUACAAAUAUCGCUGUGGUCAGUGCAGUCUGGCCUUUAAAACCCUCGAAAAACUUCAACAACACUCGCAGUAUCACGCAAUUCGUGAUGCCACGAAAUGCGCCCUUUGCGGCAGAUCUUUUCGCUCAGUUCAGGCACUCCAACGUCACCUGGAGUCAGCGCACGCCGACCUUCAGGAAGACGAAUUAGCGCAGUACAAGCAGAGUCUCCUCCAUGCCCAUCCCCUUCUGCAGGCCCUUACUGAGGAGGCUAUCAGACGACAGGGUGGUGUUGUCGGUGAGCAAAAUACCGAGGAGGAGACGAGGGGCGACGAGGAGGAGAGCGACGCCAGUGAUUCAUCGCCCCUCCACAAAGAGCAGAGAUUACUCGAGGAUUAUCUCAAUAGUCAAUCAAUCGCUGAAGACUCGUAUCACGAUCCUCAACGUAAAUUCAAGUGCCAUCGUUGCAAAGUUGCCUUCACGCGACAGAGCUACCUCACAGGACAUAACAAGACUUUACUACACCGUAAGGGUGAGAAAAUGACCUAUCCGAUGGAGAAGUAUCUUGACCCAAAUAGGCCAUACAAGUGUGACGUCUGCAAAGAGAGUUUUACGCAAAAGAAUAUACUAUUGGUUCACUACAACAGCGUCAGUCACCUGCACAAACAUAAACGAGCAAUGCAGGAGCAGGGAAACAACAAUACCUUGAUCUCUGUGAUACCCCCGGCGAGUCCAACGGAAUCACCAGACUCUCAACAAGAUCACGACAAAAAACCAUACAAAUGCAAUAUCUGCAAGGUUGCGUACUCUCAAGGCAGCACUUUGGAUAUUCAUAUGAGAAGUGUUCUCCAUCAAACACGAGCUAGUAAACUACCAGAUUUGGCUGCAAGUGGUCAGCUUGAUCUCGGACGACCGUUGAUCGAGCAGCCACCGCCCUCCAGCCCAAAUAGCCCACCAGGCAGCACAAACACCGGCAACAGUAACAGCAACAUGCUAUCCUGUCCUCGUUGCAGUGCUCUGUUCGUCAGCCAGGAGCAACUGACCACUCAUCAGCAGUUGUACUGCAUUUUCAGUAAUCCAUUGGCGCUAUUUCAAACACUGGCUGCGUCGCAGCAGAUGGCAGCCUCGACUCCAGAUAAAACCCCUCCACCGAUUUCCACGACGCCCCAACUCCAGCAAGCUCCGACCCCCAAUCAGGUUGAUAUCUUAUCUCAACCGAGACACAAAACAUCACAAAUGUACAAACACUUACUCGAGAGCUUUGGCUUUGAUCUCGUGAUGCAAUUCAAUGAGAAUCACCAGAGGAGGCAGAGGAAGGAAGAGGAGGACAGGGCGGCACUCCAGGCGCAGCAGGAGCAGCAAAAGCAGGAGCAGCAAAAACAGGCGCUGGCUGCACAACAGGCAAUGGAGAAAGAGGAUCAGGAGACUGAAGAGCCCGGUGAGGAGGAGGCAAUUCCUGAGUUAACGAGGAGCACUUGUCAGCACUGUAACAAAGAAUUCAGUAGUGUCUGGGUGCUGAAGGCGCACUGCGAAGAGGUACACCGUGAUUUAGUGCCAAGGGAAUUUCUCGAAAAAUACGCACAGCAGUUCAAGUGUGAGUAUGAGAAGAAGAGUGUAGUUGUAACUGCGGCGACUUCGUCAUCCACAACGACAGCACCGCGCAGCUCAACACCCGCAGCCAAUCAGCCACAGGAUUUGAGUUCUGAUAAGGAGAAACGAGAUAAGGAUAAGGAGGAGGGUGGGGAGAGCAAAGAACGUAUCAGUCGCACACCGGAGGCCACUUCGACUACUCCAGCUACAACUCCAGCAUUAAGUAAUACUCCGGUAUCGAGUAGUGAAUCGGUUACACCAACUGCAACGAGUAAUUCACAGCAUCCUAUGCAGUCACAGCCGCAGAGCCAGCAGCAUGCCCAGAUGACACUGGCACAGCAAAUGUCGGAAAUGCAAGCUGCCCUCAAUGCCAUGGCCGCUAGUCAGCUGCAACAGCAAUUGCAACAGUAUCCUGGACUCAUGAUGGGCAUGAUGGGACUGCCCCUGGGGCUCAAUGUGCCUGCUCUUGCUGCUAUGAAUCUACAGCCACCACUUGUACCAAUGAUGCUACCACCCCCGCCUUACGAUGCGGCCAACAGUCAGAACUCUGCGUAUCCACCCAUGCAGGCGCAGGCUGAUCUUCUUGCCAAACAACAUCUCGCCAUUCAACAGCAACAGGCCGCUGCGGCAAGCGCAGCAGCCUCGCAGAAGCGUGCCCGCACCCGAAUAACGGACGACCAACUGAAGAUUCUCCGCGCGCACUUCGACAUCAACAACUCCCCAGGGGAGGAACAAAUCGUCGAUAUGGCGAAACAGAGCGGUCUCCCACCAAAAGUGAUUAAACACUGGUUCCGAAAUACACUGUUCAAAGAGCGCCAACGAAACAAAGACAGUCCUUACAACUUCAACAAUCCACCGAGUACAAGUCUGAAUCUAGAGGAGUAUGAAAAAACAGGGGAGGCGAAAGUGACACCACUGAACUCCUCGACGUCGGGAAGUUCGUCAGAUGACAAGAGUCCAAACAAACAGUCAUCUCCACCACCAAGUGCCCUGGCAACGCCACCAACAACCGAAAUAAAGCAAGAGCCCCUGGAUCCACUACCAUCACAGCAGUUGCUGCCCCAGCAUCAGCUGGAGGAGCCUCACCACUCACCGGGAAGCUCUGGUGGUCAGCAAUCGCGUCCGCACUCGCCCGCCUUGAGUAUGAGUUCAGUUUUUUCCGGAUUGCACCACGAAAUGUCUCACAGUUCAGCGAAUCCAUCGACACCAAUGCUGCCACCAAAACUUACACCUCAAAAUUUCGCAAGUCCAAAUGCCGGAUCGGGAUCUGUUCCGAGCUCUAUAGCAGCCAUGGCGCUGACACCUCAGCGCUCUCUGAGCCCAGGUCGUGGCCCAACGGAUUUUUCCUUCGGUGGAAACAGCAACGGCAGCAAUUCCUCAGGUGGUAGCUCAGGCAAACGAGCCAAUCGCACUCGUUUCACCGAUUACCAAAUCAAAGUCCUCCAGGAGUUCUUCGAGAACAACGCCUAUCCAAAAGACGAUGACCUGGAGUAUUUGAGUAAACUCCUGGGUCUUUCUCCACGUGUGAUUGUCGUGUGGUUUCAAAAUGCUCGGCAAAAGGCGCGCAAAGUAUACGAGAAUCAGCCAGCGGCUGAGCCAGUGGCCCAGGGCAGAGAGGGUGACGAUGGCUCCGGUCGAUUUCAACGCACCCCAGGUCUUAAUUACCAAUGCAAGAAGUGCCUGCUUGUGUUCCAACGCUACUACGAACUGAUACGUCACCAAAAAACUCAUUGCUUCAAGGAAGAGGACGCCAAGAGGAGCGCCCAGGCACAGGCAGCUGCAGCCCAAGUGGCAGCAGUCCUCAGCUCCGAAGACAGCAAUAGUAGUUCAACAACAACGACUAACGCAUUGCCAAACAAUCCUAGCACACCAGCCCUCACUGAUCAGCAGCAACGGCCCCUGAGCACCUCGACACCACCCCACAUCCAGCAAAAUCUCCCCCAACUACCAACGACACCGCAACCCCCUGACCAACGACCACCACCGCAGGGGGAAUCCAAGGAGGGUAGUUUCCAGUGUGACAAGUGCAAUCUGAUGUUCGGAAGAUUCGAGCUCUGGCGUGAACACCAGCUGGUACAUAUCAUGAAUCCCACGCUCUUCCCACCAGCCUAUCCUCCAGACUCUCCCUUCGGAAUUCUUCAACAGCAGGCACUCAACGCCAGCACUGGCAUCACUGGCGACACACCCCAUCCCCUCAUAGCAAUGAUGCAGGAACGUAAACGCAAGUUCGAGGAUUUUGAGGAGAACACUGGCAGUGAGAAUCGUAAUAAUUCUGAACACAGUGAACAGCCCAAAGAUAAGAGAUUGAGAACAACAAUAUUACCAGAACAGCUGGAUUAUCUCUACCAGAAAUACCAGAUAGAGUCAAAUCCAUCGAGGAAGAUGCUCGAGACGAUAGCCAGAGAGGUGGGUCUCAAAAAGCGAGUGGUACAGGUUUGGUUUCAAAAUACCAGGGCACGUGAACGCAAGGGACAAUUUCGUGCCCACAGCCAAGUGAUAAAUAAGCGUUGUCCCUUCUGUCCUGCAUUAUUCAAAGUCAAGUCUGCCUUGGAAUCCCACCUGAGUAGCAAGCACGCCGACCAAGUAGCACGGGGUGAAGUAAAUAUCGAUAAUAUUCCCGAUGAGGAGCUCUCCAUGGAAUCAGCACCGUCGAAUCCCAGCACUCCUAACAUGAUGCCACCGUUGUUUCCACCAUUCAACUCAGACGUAGAGGCCUCCCUGAAAAAAUAUUACGAGGAGUCGAUGAAAAGAUACAUUAGCGAGCUGCAGGCACACACUAGCAAUGGAAAGCAAGAGAACUCUGGCGGACAGGGGGUCAGCGCCACAGGAGAAUCCCCACUGGAUCUCAGUAAACCAGUGGAUCUGAGUCGGCCCGUGAAACUCAAUUUGGGAAGUCUGAGCAAUCUUCUGGAGGAGCAACAGCACAGCUUGGCUCAACACUUUCGUGGUGGCAGUGAUUGUGGACCCCUGACAGAUCUCUCUGAGCGCAGUAUCUGCGACGACGACUCCAUGAGCGAAACAACUGAAUUUCUGGACGACGAGAGUGGUCCUGCAAGCCCAGCAUCCAGCACACAGAGCUCACGUCAUGGUGGUACAACAAUGACAUCAGCGUCAGCAAGUGGCAAUUCAACGAGCGGCAAUGCCGGUGGCAAGAGAUACAGAACCCAGAUGUCAGCGACACAGGUGAAAGUGAUGAAGUCACUCUUCUCGGAUUACAAAACCCCAACGAUGGCUGAGUGCGAGAUGUUGGGGAGGGAGAUUGGCCUGCCAAAACGCGUUAUCCAGGUAUGGUUCCAGAAUGCCAGGGCCAAGGAAAAGAAGGCGAGAUUGGCAGCUGGUCUCCCAGCAGAGGGCUCUGCUGUUCAACCCCAUCGUGGACCAACGGGUCCAGACGAAUGCCGUUUGUGCUCAGUACGUUAUACCCCAAAAUCACCCCUCCAGGAGCACGUAUUCUCACGUAGACACAUUGAGUCUGUACGAGUUGCUGUGGAGGAGGGUAGCCUAGUACCUCCAACCCCAGGUGUACCAAUAUUACCUGUUGGUGGGAGUAUCACCAAUGCGACUGGUCAAUCAAACACGCAAUCACAGAGUGACGAAAAUAUGAUGUAUGGAUCGUUGUUUCUCCAUCCAACAGCGAUGUUUCAGUCACAGCAUCCUGGAGCUGCCAGCACGGCUACCACCACCCCCGGUGAGUGUCUGGCUGACCUCUUAGACUCGUAAUGAGAUAAAGAAAAUAAAAAUAUGAGAAAAGCAUAUAUUUACUGGGUACAACGUGUCAAACGUAUGUACAACGCUUGCGCGCGCAACGCCACUCCUUUAAACGUUUCGUUAACGAAUUUUUAUUGUAUUUAUUGAAAUAUACAUGAGGUUUAUUAUCACGUGGUAUUCGGUGUGAAUUUAUUGAAUAUAUGAAUUGAUAUAUCGAUGUGACACUUUUUUAUUUUGAGAGAGUGUGAGAGUCUGGAACAAGUGAGUGGUGUGCACGCGUCAGCUGAAAUAUCAGGAAAAUAUAUAUUUUUCCGUCUAUUGUAUUUAGUUGUCUCGUGCACGUAAUUAAUCGUUGAUCACGUCUUAUUUUUUUUCUCUCUUUUUCUCAAUAUUGUAUAUCAUAAUUUAACCUUACCUUUACCAAUUACGUUGCAUAAUGAUCUUUCUUUGGGGGCCCGUGUGAUAAUCUAGGGGGUCCGUUCGCUAUGAUGAACCUUGUCGUGUUUAUAUUAGGUAAAAUUUAAUAAUUUUAUUAUAGUGAUGAAUAAUAUAUCCAGAGUUAGGCAAUACUGAAAGUUCCUAUCAGAUGACUAUUUGUAGACGUAAGGGAGGCACUUUAGAAAAAACCGGGUGUUAUUGAAUGAUAAUAACAGAAUGAAUUACAAAAGAGUAUGUAGUAAAUACGGCAGUGAGUCUGUCGCAGUGCACUCACUGUGAGGAACACAGAGUAAAUAAAAUUAUUCAAAAGUGAAGAAAAAAAAAUACCAUGAAUGAGAAUGAAAGAAUGAUAAUUCUUCUUUUAUAAAUAAAAACUAGAUCUUUAAGUGAAUAAAGAUCUUUGUGCUGCCGGAGAUAAAAGGAUAAAAUAAUAGACGUGUUUGUUCAUUAUUUCCCCAUCACGUAAGCUGUACAGUAAAGACUAUAUUAGGAUGUAAUUAUCUCGAUUUUAAUUGUCCUGAUUAAACUCGAAUGCGACAGUUUAGAGAAUAGUAUAGCCCAGAGAAAAUGGAGGUUGAUAAAACAAAAAAAUAACGAAGAACGGACUAGAUUGCCUUUUUAUUUCUAAGUAGCAAAGGAUUUUCUUUCUCUCCCACUUUCCACAUCCUCUCUCCAUUGUCAAUACUG